ACAGAUUGACUAUUUUUUUUAGCGGAAGUUCGUUUAGGAAUGGGCCAUUGCUUUGUGAAACUUAACAAACUGGAGAAAGCUCGUCUGGCAUUCAGCAGAGCCCUGGAACUCAAUUCCAAAUGUGUGGGAGCAUUGGUUGGACUGGCUGUACUAGAACUCAACAAUAAAGAGGCUGAUUCCAUCAAAAAUGGUGUCCAGCUUCUUUCCAGAGCCUAUACUAUUGAUCCUAGCAACCCCAUGGUAUUGAACCACUUGGCAAAUCACUUUUUCUUCAAAAAGGUAAGAGAAGUCAAUUUAUUAAAGUUGUUUGCUUUUAAAUCCUGAUUUGUUUUUCUGUUC